CAAUCUCAUCAAUUCAUUAAUUCUCUGUAAUAUAGUAACACUCUUUUAUCACUACUCUUCUUUUCCUUCUUCUUCUUCUUCUUCUUAAAUAUCCCCAGCACCCAUUUCCUGUUAGUUUUCUUGGCUCUGGUUCUUGAUAUCUCUUUUUUAACAAAAAGAAAAAAAGUAACCAGCUUUUCUUCACAUAGUAUUUGGUUUUGUUGUUGCUGUAGCUGGUGAAACAUAAAAAGGAAAACUUUGUGCAGGCAGAAGGCCAUAGGAACAGCAACUCUCAUUCCUUCUUCUUUUAUCUUAAGUAAGGGAAAUGAAGAAAAUGAAGUAUGUGUUGGUAACUGGAGGAGUAGUAAGUGGACUUGGGAAAGGAGUGACAGCAAGUAGUAUUGGUGUUCUUCUUAAAGCUUGUGGCCUUCGUGUUACUUCCAUCAAGAUUGAUCCUUACCUAAAUACUGAUGCUGGAACAAUGUCACCUUUUGAACAUGGGGAAGUUUUUGUCUUGGAUGAUGGCGGCGAGGUGGACCUGGACCUUGGAAAUUAUGAAAGAUUUCUAGAUAUCAAGUUGACAAGGGACAAUAAUAUCACUACUGGAAAAAUCUACCAGACUGUUAUUGAUAGAGAAAGAAAGGGAGAUUAUUUGGGAAGAACUGUACAGGUUGUCCCUCAUAUCACAGAUGCCAUUCAAGAUUGGAUAGAACGCGUAGCGAUGAUACCAGUAGAUGGACUGCCUGGUUCUGCUGAUGUUUGUGUCAUUGAAUUGGGUGGCACUAUAGGAGAUAUAGAGUCCAUGCCAUUUAUUGAGGCUCUAGGGCAGUUCUCAUAUCGUGUGGGAACUGGAAACUUUUGUUUGAUUCAUGUCAGCCUUGUACCUGUUUUAAAUGUUGUUGGUGAACAGAAAACGAAACCAACUCAGCAUAGUGUUCGUGGCCUGAGAGGUUUAGGUUUGACGCCAAAUAUCUUAGCUUGUCGCAGUGCAUCGGCACUUGAUGAAAAUGUAAAGAUGAAACUUUCUCAAUUUUGCCAAGUUCCAGGAGAAAAUAUCAUCACUCUCUAUGAUGUUCCAAACAUCUGGCGCAUUCCUUUACUUUUACGAGAUCAGAAGGCACAUGAAGCAAUUCUGAAAGUGCUGAAUCUCUAUGGUACUACUAGGGAGCCUACUCUAAAAGAAUGGACUACAAGGGCUGACAUCUGUGACAUGUUGCACGAACCGGUUCGAAUUGCCAUGGUUGGGAAGUAUACAGGUCAUUCAGAUUCCUAUCUUUCAGUAAUAAAGGCUCUUCUGCAUGCUUCUGUUGCUUGUCGUAAGAAACUUGUUGUGGACUGGGUUCCAUCUAGUGACCUUGAGAAUGAAAUGGCAAGAGAGAAUCCUGACGCGUACAAGGUUGCGUGGAAGUUGUUAAAGGGUGCAGAUGGCAUUCUUGUGCCAGGAGGGUUUGGUGACAGAGGUGUGGAAGGGAAAAUGCUUGCAGCGAAGUAUGCAAGAGAGCAUAGAGUUCCAUACCUUGGUAUUUGUCUAGGAAUGCAAAUUGCAGUCAUUGAAUAUGCACGAUCCGUUCUUGGUUUGCAAGAUGCCAACAGCACAGAAUUUGAUCCUAACACCAAGAAUCCCUGUGUCAUAUUUAUGCCUGAGGGAUCAAAAACCCAUAUGGGAGGCACCAUGCGUCUUGGAUCAAGGAGGACAUAUUUCCAAGUCAUGGAUUGCAAAUCAGCGAAACUAUAUGGGAAUAGAAGUUUCAUUGACGAGAGACAUCGACAUAGAUAUGAGGUGAAUCCUGAUGUGGUGGCACGCCUGGAGGAUGCUGGGCUCUCAUUCACUGGCAAAGAUGAAACUGGUCAGCGCAUGGAGAUUGUUGAGCUGCCUAAUCACCCUUACUAUAUUGGUGCUCAAUUCCAUCCUGAAUUUAAAUCAAGACCCGGAAAACCUUCGGCGUUAUUCUUAGGUCUAAUAGCAGCAGCAUGUGGACAGUUGGAUGCUAUCUUGCAAAGCCACAAGGUUCCCAAUGGAAUAAGCAAUGGCAUCCCAAUACAAAAAGUAAACGUUUACCAAAAUGGGCAUGCCUCUAAGUUUGCAAGAAUUGCAGCAGAUGGUAUAUAUACCAACUGCAAUGGGGUGCACUAUUAGUCCGAUGUAGUGGCCGUUGCCACCUUCUGUCAUCCAGAAUGAUACUUGUUCUGCUUAUGAUCUUAGUUGUACCACGGGGAUGCUUUGUACAGUGAUUUGAGUAUGGGUAGGUGUCUUUAGCUUUGAGAGAGAGAGAGAGAGAGAAAGAUCAAGAAUUGAACAGAGCUGGUUCCUGGUCUUUUAACGGGACAGCCCUGUUGUAAUUUACACAUUGUACCAUACUUUCAGCUGGUGUUUUCACGAAAAUGGCGUUAUUAUAGUUGUGCUACAACUUCAAAACAUUAUGGCUUAUACUACAUUUCUUCUGUA